AUGUUUAUUGGCAGACAUUUAACCAAGAAUUUUGGUUACUUUAAAAAGUUGGGCAUAAAAGGGCCCAAACCUGUCAUAAUAUUCGGUAAUCUAUUGGAUCUGCUAUUUGUUUCAAAGCCCGACCUCGAAGUGCAGCGACUCAAACAAUUUGGCACAAUUUAUGGAAUAUUCGAAGGCAGUAAACCGCUCAUACAAGUGGCUGAUCCCGAUUUAAUCAAACAGAUUCUGGUGACCGACUUUCGGCUCUUCAACACCAAAGUGCGGAUCACAAACAUCGGUCACCCCGUCAUCGAGCGUAUGCUGGUGUCAGUGCGGGGCGACGCGUGGCGGCGCACGCGCACAGCGGUCAGCCCGGUGUUCGCCAUCGGACGCAUGCGCAAACAGUACGCGCUGAUUCGUCACUGCAUCGGCGCGCAACUCGUGAACCAAUUGCAGGCCUGUGUCGACACC